CGCGGCUGGGGGCGGGGAGGGAGGAGGAGAUAGGUUCCCAUCCAGCGCCCCGCUCCGGGCCGGGAUAGCGCCUGGGGCUGCGGAAUGAAGUGGAAGCCACCUGAAUUCUCUUGUGCACUACUGAGACGAAAUGACAUUCAAGUUCAUGGUGAAUGGAAGUCAUGAUAGCAUCUAACAUGGGAGGGAAAGACAUGAAUGGACAAUGUGGCGUGACUCAUUUAGACUGCAGAUCUUCUGCCUGCUUAUGGCAGUACUGGCUGUUGUGGUGCUGGUCCAUAAUUUUUUUCAGUUAGAGCUAUUCAUGAUAUUCCAAACUUGGCACCUGGAUGAUGACACAAUUUCAGGAUCAAAUUGGAUUACAGAAGACAAUGUCCAACGUUCCCUAUCACAGACAACCAAAACUGCCAGGAAGCUUUACUGUGGUUUUAAGCAACAGACUUUGUCCAAAAGAGAACAAGCGGAACAGGAAUCGUUGCUUGCUGCAGUACAAUGGCCAAAACCCCCUGAUGGCAAAAUUGCCUUUGUACAAAGUACUGAUCCUGCACAUAGUGACUUUGUGAUUGUGAAACCGAGUGGAUUCUUCAAGGUGGGUGAUCAAUUAGAGGUGCUUGUUCGUAUGAAGGAUUUCGAAGGAAAAGCCAAGCAGUAUGGUGGAGACUAUCUCCAGGCACGAAUUCACUCUCCUCUGCUGAAGGCUGGAGCAACUGGAAGGAUUGUAGAUUGCCAUAACGGUCUUUAUAAAGUCUUCUUUACCUUGCUGUGGCCAGGAGAGGUCAAAGUUUCUGUGUCGCUUGUCCACCCGAGUGAAGCAAUCCAAGUCCUUCUGCGUUUACGAGAAGAAAGGCCAGACAGGGUCUAUUUCAAAAGUUUGUUCAAAUCUGGGAGGUAUUCGGAAACCACUGAGUGCAACAUUUGCUUGCCUGGAGAUCUCCCAGUCUGUAACUUCACAGAUCUCUACACAGGUGAACCAUGGUUCUGUUACAAGCCUCGAAAACUGUCCUGUGCCAGUCGCAUCAGCCAUGCAAAGGGUGGAUAUCAAAAAGGUCUUCUGACACAAGAGGAAAGCCUCUUUUUCCAAAGUGAUGUGAAUAUCAAAAAACCGAUACUCUCCAGUGGACCUGAUUCAGUGAUUGUGAAGUACAAGGCAUUUACAGAUUUGAGUAGUAUGGACAGAGCUGAAGAUCCUACAGUUUCCCCUUCUGGUUAUUAUUAUGAAGACCAGUGGAGGUCCAGAACACACUGGAUCCAUCAUUUUAACAAGUCGGAUGAUAUAACCAAGUGCUUAGAAGGAAAAUUAAUUCACUUGUUUGGAGACUCUACGAUAAGGCAGUGGUUUGAAUAUCUGACAGCAUUUGUUCCAGAUCUAGUGGAAUUUAACCUGGGUAGUCCUAAGAACGUGGGCCCUUUCAUGGCUGUGGACCUGAAGCACAAUAUCCUACUGAAGUUUCGCUGUCAUGGGCCACCCAUUCGCUUUUCAACAGUCUUCAGCAGUGAACUGCGCUACAUUGCUAAUGAACUGAAUGGCAUAGUAGGUGGCAGAAACACCGUGAUAGCCAUAACUAUAUGGUCCCACUUCAGCACUUUCCCUGUGGAAGUGUAUAUCCGGCGGCUGAGGAACAUUCGCAGAUCAAUCAUUCAACUGCUGGAUCGCAGCCCGAAGACUUUAAUCAUCAUCAGAACUGCUAACGUUCAGGAGCUUGGGCCAGAAGUGAGCCUUUUUAACAGUGACUGGUAUUCCUUUCAGCUUGAUUCUGUCAUGAGGAAGAUGUUCUCAGGAAUUGCUGUGCACUUUGUGGAUGCUUGGGAGAUGUCUCUGGCUCAUUACUUGCCACAUAACUUGCACCCAAAAGAAGUAAUUGUUAAGAAUCAAAUAGAUGCAUUUUUAUCUUACGUGUGCCCUCUGCAGACUUAGCACAAGUGGGUAUCCAUCCCUGUGUUAUCUUUUGCCGUAGCUAAAGUAAAGCUGCUCUUUGUCGGAGCUGUUGGAUUAUGCUGGAUGGUAUGGAAGAACUCUGGUUAUUGUACUUACAUGCAGUAUAAGUGAGGUGAUCUUAACUCUGGUUAGCUGUGAAGGGUGGUAAAGAGGAGUUGAUGAUUCAGGCUGUACUUUACUGCAAGGGUGAUUCUUUUCAACCUUAUUAUUCAUGUCUGAGAUUAUUAGAGAGCACCUUAAAUUAAAUUGACAGGGUUCAGUAAGAAAUUAUGUGGGGUUGUUAGCUUUACUAGUUGUCUGCACUGUAUGCUUAGUUUAAUCCAUAUGACGCAGAUUCUGUUGCCAGUGUCUUGCUGCUCAGAACUGUGUGUGGAACUAGGUAAAGGUUUUGGGAGUGGUGCUUCUCUCAGUGUUACAGAGUUUGAGGGAUACCCCUUCCAGUUGUAUGUCAGAGAAAGCACAGUAUUUGUUCUUGUUUUGAAGUGCUGAUUAGGAAUAUGAAGGGAGUGUACCAAAAUCACUACUAUCAAUCAAGAAAGCACAAUCAAAAUACCUAUAGUAUUAAGUCAUCAAGAAUUUGCUGUAAUUUAAUAGAGCACACUAGUUAGGCACCCUUCAUGUUUACAGACGGCUGCUAACUGAUGCAAAUAGCCAGUAUUUUCAUUUGGUUUCCUGUACUACUACUGAAUCUCUUCUAAGCUUUGAUGUACUGUCUACUUGAUUUAUCUAUAAUAGAGAAAUGUGUAUGUUAUGACCUCAGUGAAGACACUGCCGCAAGCAGUUUCUGCAAGUUCAAGUUGCAAGCUUGCCUACUUGAAGCUUGAAGCAUUUAUUAAUAAAAGUGUUUCCCUUCCCUGUAAGAUAAAGCUAUUCCGUUAUCUGUUGUACAUCAUUCAUACAUUACGUCUGUAUGGAAAAGCCAAGUGACUCAAAUGGACUUGACAAUGUUUGGCAAUGGGUAACAAGAACUAGCACAGUCUAGUGUCAAGGCUAUGCAGUGAUGCGCCUUCUGUAUUUAGCAGUCUUAUCAUUUAUUCAUGAGCUUGACUGCUGCCAAUAUAAAAGGCCAAAAAAAAAAAUCACACCCGAAAGCCAAACACACAAGGUUGCCAUUUACACAGGUGCUUGGUAAAUAUUUGCCAUUUUGCUGCUGUGAACACUUGUGGCUCUUGAGCCUCCUAGUGUGGAGUUUGCUGCUGCUAAUUUGAUUGAGCCAGCCAAUAGUUUUAACUAGUAGGACUUUGAAAACAAAGUUUUGCUUAAAUUCAGUCCUCAAAUUAAACAGCAGAGGAGUGUUCAGUAAUCUUAUUUCUGGUCCUGCUCAGGCCAAACAUAGUCUUUACCACUUUAUUGAGAAAUGUAUCAAAACAGUAGUGGAGUGCUUCUGAAGAAGCUCAUCAUGCUUAAGGAGAAUAUGAAAGUUGCAUGUUUGUGAGCAAACUGAGAAGAUAAAAAUUGAUAAAGCAAAUUGGUAGGUUGCACAGCAUGGAAUAAAUGACUUGUCUUCAUAUUAGAAAUGUUUUACUCUUUGCUAGGUGUGCUGCUACAUUAUGAAAAUUGUGCUCUUAUUGCUGGAGCACCAGGAGGGGUAAUGCUACCAGCUACAGGAACAGUGUUUCAUCUUUUAUUCAUUUUAAAGAAAAACUGGAAGCUGUUUAAAAAAUAAAUCUAAGUGCUUUUUGUCAUGAAAAAGUAAUCAGUAGCAUCCAUCUAUAAAUGUACUGAUUUUAAAAUGUUUAAAAAUGACUGGAGGAGUCGCAUACACUGAAAUAACAUUUAUUCUUAGCUUUUCAAAUCAGAAUUAAGGAGGUCCAUUUUGCCAGUUCCUACUGACAGCUGCCUCACAUAAUAUCUGCCCAUACAUAAGCUUUAGGUAACUCUUUCUUACUUUAAUAUGUUAAUGGAUAUUUAUCCUCUGCCAAAAAGAGACCGUACCAAUUCAGGUCUGGGAAGGUAAACCACUGCAACGCAAAAUGACCUUUCAUCUUUUCCAGGUGUGUUUUUUUAAAAUAGGUAGAGUAUUAGGCUUUCAUCCUGAAUAACAAAUCUAGCCAAAUAAUGUUGAUGAAAACAAGACUUUAAAAUUUUACUUUGAAGGUACCUUCUUAAUAUAUGGACUAACCAUUUGAUUUUCCUUGUAAAGCUGUAUCAUGUGAAAGUUAUGGCUGCAUUUGUCUUGUGCUCACCGCUGCUCUUCAACAGCGACUUUGUAUUUCUGUUAGCUACCAAGAACAAAUUGAGAGGAACAAAUUUGUUUGAAUGUUUUGACAAUUGAGAGGAAAGGACUGCUAUUAGUAAAGAUGUCUAAUCACCUUCUGUAGAGCCUCUCCCUUUUAGAUUAAUUAGAUUAAUCUUUUGAUAACAGAUUAACUAACUUUUAGGUCAUUAACUUGAGGGAAAUUGCCAGUUAGUUUGGAAUGAGGACCGAUAUUUCUUUUCUUUGGACUCUGGAAUAGACAGCAAGGAGAAGGGGAGAAAUGGAGGAUUUACUCAUGUUUUAAGAUGAAGACUAGGGAUGCUAUGGUUUUAUGUGUCAUUCAGUUGAACUGUAAAUGAUUUUUCAUUUCUUUUUCUUCUCAUUACCACUUGCACCAGUUGUGUAUGUACUGUAAAUGGAAACAUAGAAGCAAUAAAAUAUUUUUAAAGUGGUUUCUUUAAAACUUGAAGCCUGUGAAUGGAUUGUAAUGGGAACUUAGGUUAAGAGGUUGUCUAUUUUUCAAGUUACUAUGAGACAGGAUUGCAAAGGAAUUUAUUAGUUGUCAGUUUUGUAUCUCCUUUUACACCUAAAAAUUUAUUUAAUGAGAUUUUUCAAAGCCCUGUGUUCCUUAUCUUUGAAUUUUCUUCACUUGAAGGGAAGAAAUUGUAUUACUUUUCAUAUUUUCAUUCUUGUCCUAAGCCUUUUGAUUACGAACCUUUUGAUACGGAGAUUUCUUUUCCUUUUUAAUUUCUCUAUUCAAAAUCUAGCUCACUCAAAUCCCAGUGGAAAAGAUUGUAUUUUUGUGGUGCUUAACAGAAGAUUUCAAAGCAAUUAAUUUAUAAAAUAAGUAAACUCCAUUUUACAGAUUAGACUAGUACAUGGUGAUUUUCUGCACCUGAUGUUUUGAGAAUCUUGUUUCUCAUGUAUCACGUUUGGCCAAUUUCUUCAUUCUAGAAAUGUAAUAAAAACAUUAGUUGAAUUAUUAUUGAUUAAAAGAGACAUAAAAAGCAGAUUUCUCCUUUUUUCAAGUGUUCAGUUGCUUCCAGUUUCGUCUGCUGUGCAGCACUAUUGCAGCUCUGCUUUACAAGGUUCAAAUUACUGUUUUUCAUUAUUUUACUUGUUGGAGGUGAACACUUAAAACCCAGAACUCUGACAAUUCCAUGCAUAUGUGAUAAAAAUAAGUUGUCUCCUGGGAAGGGUGAGGGUGUCGGGGUUUUGCUUUGGGUUGUUUUGUUUUUUUUUUAGAAUUGUGGGUUAAAUCAUUGUUCCACUCAUGGCAGUUUAAGUAACAAACAAACAGCAAAUAGUAACAAAUAUAACUACGAAAAAACUCAAUCACAAAUGUGUAUUUCAUUUAUAAAGUACUUCCUUGUUAAGUCUAGAUCACUUUGUGAUUAGUUUCUACUCAUAUAUAUUUAGACUUUUUGGAACGCUCUUGUUACCUGUUGGUAGCAGCGAACGGCUCUAGAUCAGAGUGUUAGAAAAAGAACUUGUUUUCAAAAUUUUUUUUCUAUGAUAUGUAUAUUAUUGAAAUGCUUAAAAUACAAAGAAGGCUUUAAUGUCUUUUAUUUCCUGAUGCAAUCAGAAAAACAAUUUAAAUAGCCAAAAAGCUCAAAGAAUAAAAAUUUCCUAAUAGAGAAAGGCAAGUUUACUUGAACUGUUUCAUAUAAUUUAGUCUCAGUUUAUCUCGUUUGCCGUAACCCCACAUUCUUUAUGGUUUUAUAGUUGUGUAGUAGUUCUCUUAGUUUUAGCUAUUACGUUUUUGUGCUGUGUGUUGGGGUAGAGGUUUCACGCUAUGGUUUAUAGAUUACAAUCACCUAAAGUGAUUUUUUUUAUUUUCCUGAUCGUGUGUAUCUGGAGGGGAGUGGUCUGUGCAAGCAGCACAAGUCUGGUGUGAGACCUAGUGC